AUGGUUUCUUUUCGCCUUCUCAGCAUCUUGAUGGCCACGGCCGUCAGCGCCGCUCCCUUGUUGGACGAGCGCGAUCUCAACCUCACCAAGUGGUCCCCCGACCGCAAACUCAACGGCGAUGAGAUUGUCCUCAUCGGCAAGGACCGCGAGGAGGUCAUCCAGGUCGAGCAGUGGCACAAGCUUCUCGAGUCCGAGGGCAUCCUCCCCGAGGCCCCCGAGUACGACCACGACUGGAUCGCAGCCGGCGCCAACAUGAGCGCGCUCCCCUACGACCCAGAGAUCCACGGCCACGGCCCCCAGAAGCGUGACUGCGCCCACACCUUCUCCUUCGUCACCGACAAAACGCAGCGCUUCGUCGACUGGGACGUGCAAAUGUCCCCCGUCGUCAUUGGCCCCAUGGGCGGCAUGGACGUCACCAUCUCAAAGUCCUACUCCGUCGCCGACUCUGUCUCCGUCUCGGCCGGCCUCAGCCCCACAGCCAUCAAGAGCUAUCUCUCCGCCUCCAUCGGUAUCUCCUACACCCGCACCUGGACCACCACGCAAGGGUACCUCAUCCGCGGCAACGUCGCCCAGGGCUACACCGGCACCGUCGUCUCCACGCCCUGGACCACUCGCCGCUACGGCCGCGCCUUCCAGGGCUGCCCCGGCAGCCUGGCACAGACCGGUACCUGGACCGCCGACAGCCACGAGGAGGGCUCUUACGAGGGCGUCAGCUGGGUCAGCGGUGCCAUCACCAUGUGUAUCAAGCAUCAGAGCGGCAUUCCUCUUUCCCGCUGCCACGGAUCCGGCAACUUCAACUAA